CACCUAGGCAUGCAGACUGCUUCUACAAACAUUUGUGAAAGAAUGGGUUGCUCUCAGGAUUUCAGUGAAUUCAAGCAUGGUAACGUGAUAGGUUGCCACCCGUGCAAUAAGUCCAUCCAUGAAAUUUCCUUGCUACUAUAUAUUCCACGGUCAACUGUUAGUGGUAUUAUAAGUGGAGCAACUGGGAACAACAGCAACUCAGCCACGAAGUGGUAGGCCACGUAAAAUGACAGUGGGGUCAACUCAUGCUGAGACACACAGUGCGCAGAAGUCACCAACUGUCUACAGAGUCAAUAGCUAAAGACCUCCAAACCUGGUGUGGCCUUCAGAUAUGCACAACAACCGUAUGUAGAGAGCUUCAUGGAAUGGGUUUUCAUGGCCGAGCAGCUGCAUCUAAGCCUUACACCACCAAGUACAAUGCAAAUCGUCGGAUGCAGUGGUGUAAAGCACGUCAUCACUGGACUCUAGAGCGGUACUUGCCUGACUGCAUUGUGCCAAGUGUAAUG